AAAACAACAUUUCACAACUUGCAAACACGUUUUACUAAAGUUUUGCGCAAAAUUCCUGUUUUAUCUCGCUAAAAGUUCAAAGUAUCGUGUUAAUUUCUCCAGUGCCCAACCCGUCGCCGUCGCCCACCACCACCACCAUGGCCAGCCAGGCGUCCAGCUUCACCUGCCUGAACUGCAGCGUGCGGUUCGCGAACGCGGAAGCCCAGCGCGAGCACUACAAAACGGACUGGCAUCGGUACAACCUGAAGCGCAAGAUCGCGGAGCUGCCCCCGGUCAACGUGGAGGAGUUUGAGCGGCGCAUCCUGCAGCAAAAGAGCGACGACGCGGCCGCCCAGGAGGACCAGUCGCUGUACUGCCGGGCGUGCAAGAAGCUGUUCAAGUCGAAGAACUCGCACGAUGCGCAUCUGGACAGUAAGAAGCACCGGGAGUUGUUGCGGGUGUUUUUGAAGGAGCAGGGGGAGGAUGGUCAGAGUGGGGAGCAGUCGGUUGCGGUCAAGUCGACGCGUGAGAAGAAGGAGUAUGGGGUGAUGAUGGAGCAGGACGGGGAGGUGGAGGAGGUCGAUUCGGACGAGUGGAACGACGAGGACUGGGACAAUCCGAUCGAGAACAACGAUUGUCUGUUUUGUUUGAACCACUGCGAGGACCUGAUCCAGAACGUCAAGCACAUGAGCGUGAAGCAUUCGUUCUUCAUUCCGGACGCGGAGUUUUGCAUCGACGUGGAGGGCUUGCUUGGGUAUUUGGCGGAGAAGAUCUGCCGGGACUUUAUCUGCAUCUGGUGCAACGAGAAGGGUCGGACGUUCUACUCGCUGGACGCCGUGCGGAACCACAUGGUCGAGAAGGGUCACUGCAAGAUGCUGCACGAGGGCGCCGCGCUAGCCGAGUACGUGGACUUUUACGACUACAGCAGCAGUUAUCCGGACCACGCCGACGAUAUGGACAUUGACGAGGAGCUGGAAGCUCCCCCCACCCUGGACGCGGACGACUUCCAGAUGGUGCUGCCGUCGGGCGCCGUCAUCGGCCACCGUUCCCUCCUUCGCUACUACAAGCAACGCAUCAACCCGAACCGGGCCGUCGUCGUGGCCAAGAAGAGCACCCAGCGCCUGCACAAAGUGCUGGCCGAGUACCGCUCGCUGGGCUGGACCUCGACGCAGCAGGAAGCCGUGGCGCGGAACGCCCGCGACAUGCACGUCAUGAAGCGCCAGCAGGCCAAACUGCUGCAAAAAGUCGGCGUCAAGGCCAACAAGCUGCAGCGGCACUUCCGGGCGCAGACCAACUUCUAAGCGAUUCAUACAAAAGCUGUGUACAUUUUUGAAUUUAUUAAAAUAUUUCAAAAAGACAAAA